AUGGCGAUGGAGAGCAGCAAAUGGAUAGCUACUGUGGCCAGCAUUUGGAUCCAGUGCAGCUGCGGCGCAUCAUACGCCUUCGGCAUCUACUCCUCCGUCCUCAAAUCAUCCCAAGGCUACGACCAAUCCACCCUCAACACCGUCUCCGUCUUCAAGGACAUCGGAGCCAAUGCCGGCGUCCUCUCCGGUGUCCUCUACACCGCCGUAUCCGCCAGCCGACGCAGCUCCGUCUCCGCCGGGCCCUGGGUGGUCCAUGUGGCGGGGGCCAUCCAGUGUUUCGUGGGCUACUUCUUUAUAUGGCUUUCGGUGAGCGGAGUCGUCCACAGGCCUCCGGUGCCCAUCAUGUGCUUCUUCACGCUGAUUGCGGCUCACGCUCAGACGUUCUUCAGCACCGCCAACGUCGUCACUGCUGUCCGGAACUUCCCGGAUUACGGUGGCACCAUCGUCGGCAUCAUGAAGGGCUUUCUUGGUCUGAGUGGAGCAGUACUAAUACAAGUGUAUCAGGCAUUAUUCAAGGGCAAUCCAAGUAGUUUCAUAAUUAUGCUUGCAAUGUUGCCUACUCUCGUCUCCCUUUUGUUCAUGUGUUUGGUUAGAACCUAUGAGAUUAGAAGUUUACACUAUAGGAAGCAUCUGAAUGGUCUGUCAGUUGUUUCUCUGGUUGUUGCUGCAUAUCUCAUGACCUUAAUAAUCUCCGAAAAUGUCUUCACAUUUCCGUUAUUGGUGCAUGUUCUUACAUUCUUAGUGCUUCUGCUUCUUCUCGCUUCACCUCUCAGAAUUGCAAUUGAAGCCCAAAGAGAGGACUCAUGGAAACUUUCACGAAAUUUAUCUACUGAGAGGAGCCCAUUAAUAGAUGCCCCUAAGACAAUAGAGUCCAAGAAGUUUUCUGCAGCAGAGGCCACAUCCAGUGAUAACAUGCUGCAAUUUGGAAGUGAAAUGACUCUCUUUGAAGCCAUGGGGACCGCGAACUUCUGGUUGUUGUUUGUUGCUAUGGUGUGUGGAAUGGGCUCAGGAAUGGCGACAAUAAACAACAUCAGUCAAAUAGGAGAAUCUCUCGGUUACAAAACCGUGGAGAUACAUACACUGGUUUCUUUAUGGAGUAUAUGGAAUUUUCUUGGUCGUUUUGGAGCUGGUUAUUUAUCGGAUAUUUUCCUGCACAAAAAGGGAUGGGGAAGGCCAUUGUUGAUGGCCAUCACUCUUGCAACUAUGACUGCUGGCCAUAUAGUUAUUGCCUCUGGUUUUUUCGGGAAUUUGUACGUUGGUUCAGUACUAGUGGGUGUUUGUUAUGGUUCACAGUGGUCAUUGAUGCCCACCAUUACUUCUGAGAUAUUUGGUGUACUGCACAUGGGUACUAUUUUCAACACCAUUGGCAUAGCUAGUCCUGUUGGAUCUUUUUUACUCUCUGUAAGAGUAAUUGGCUUUAUAUAUGACAAAGAAGCCGCAAGCCAAGGGAAUACAUGCUACGGCACUCACUGCUUCACGUUAUCCUUCUUUAUCCUGGCAGCUGUUAGUUUUUUGGGAUUUCUAGUAGCCCUGAUUUUGUUUUUCCGGACAAGAAGGUUCUAUAUGCUGGUAGUGCUUGAAGGCGUACGGAAUUCUGCAAGGCAGUGUGAAGGAAAUAUGUGA